CACUCUCUCCCUCCCCCAAGUGCCUCUUGUCCGGCCCCCUGAUCUUUCUGUCCAUUGGCUUCCCCGGGUCUACUUUUCAUGUCCAGCCCCUAAUGAGUGUCCAUUGGUUUUGUUAUUUCCCUUUCCCUCCUCCCACUUUGCCGCUUCGCCCUGCCCAUGUUUUGUAUGUCUGUGUCCAUCCAUCUCCUGACGUUCAAGUUCGCAGGAACGUCACGUCCGCACUUGAACUUGCAGCUCAGGGGGGCUUUUGCCAUUUUUUCAUCUCUCUCUCUUUUCAAAGAAGCCAUGACGGCGAUCCCACAAUCCAUCUUCCCUGCGCCAUCGUUGUAUUAUUUCUAAUUUUGGAUGUCAAAGGCAUUGAUGAAGAUAUUUUCUCUGGAGUCUCCCUUCUAACCCGGCUCUCCCGAUGUGAACCGAGCUGAACGCUGCCACCAGCCACCAUGUCUCGCCGCAAGCAAGGCAAACCCCAGCACUUAAGCAAACGAGAUUUUUCGCCCGAGCCCCUGUCUGCCGUUGCCUCAGAGGAGCUUUCGUCGGAGCGCUGCUCAGAGCGUUCGGACCGCUCGGAGAAUGGCGCAGGCUCGGUACGGGUUGCCGUGGAGACGGAGCAGGACCUGUUGACCUGCGGACAGUGUCAGACCACCUUCCCUCUGGGGGACAUCCUGCUCUUCAUCGAGCACAAGAGGAAGAGAUGCCACGGGCCACCCUGCCUGGCCCGUGGUCUGGACAAGCCCCCCUCGCCAUCGCCGGGCCUCGCUCUCACGCCCUCACCCUUCUUGGCCUCACUUCGCAGGCGCCCCGUGGAGGUGGGCGUCCAAGCCACGCUGGGCGAUGAUGACGACGACCGCCUGUCAUUGCCCAGGGGGAUAUGCCCCAAGCAGGAACACAUCCCAGGUAAAGAGGAGCCCACUACCUACACCUGCACCACCUGUAAACAGGCCUACGGGAGCGCCUGGUUCCUGCUCCAGCAUGCCCAGAAUACCCACGGCUUCCGCAUCUACCUGGAGAACGAGCACGGUCAUGGCAGCCCCCUCACCCCCCGAAUGGGCAGACCGUCCUCCAUGAGCGGAGGCGCGGACUGCCCCUCGCAGCCCCCCCUCCACGGCCUCCACUUGCCCGAGGCCAGCCCCUUCAGCCUCCUCCGCAUGCCCGGAUCAGGCUCGGGGGGCCGGGAAGGAGGGGGCGGGAGCCAACGUUUCCCCCUGACGCCCCCGCUUUUCAGCCCUCCUCCGCGCCACCACCUGGACACGCACCACCUGAGCCCGGAGGAGUUGGCGCUGGCAGCCCACCACCCGAGUGCCUUCGACAGGGUGCUGCGCCUCAACCCCCCUAUCCCCCUGGACCCCGCACCGGCCAUGGACUUCUCUCGCCGGCUGAGGGAGCUGGCGGGCAACACCUCAGGGUCCACCCCUCCCCACUCGCCGAACCGGCCCAGCCCUAUGCAACGGCUGCUCCAACCGUUCCAGCCCGGCGGAGGGGGGGGGGGAGGGGGCAAGCCUCCCUACCUGUCCACCCCACCUCCCAUGCCGCCGUCCAUGCAGUCCCCCUCGGGUUCCCAGACCACCCCCACCACCCCGCUGCCCUCGUCGGGCCCCCAGCCCUCCACUCCCCUGAAGUCCAAGUCGUGUGAGUUCUGCGGCAAGAACUUCAAGUUCCAGAGUAAUCUGAUUGUGCACCGGCGAAGCCACACGGGCGAGAAGCCCUACAAGUGCCACCUCUGCGACCACGCCUGCACGCAGGCCAGCAAGCUCAAACGCCACAUGAAGACACACAUGCACAAGUCGGGCUCGCCCAACAACGGGAAGUCCGAAGACGGGCUCUCGGCGGCCUCCUCGCCCGAGCCUGGAACCAGCGAGCGGAUGGGCAGCGCGAGCAACGCCCUCAAGUCGGUGGUGGCCAAGCUUAAGAGCGAGAAUAACCGCUUGCGAUUGGAGAAUGGGGAAGAGGAGGAGGAAGAGGAGGAGGAGGAAGAGGAGGAGGAGGAAGAAGAAGAGGAGGGGGAAGAGGAGGAAGAGGAGGUGGAGGAAGAGGAGAACGCGGACGGAGCCCGGAGGAACAACAACAGCUUCCACUUCAGCCUGAGUCUGGAGGCGGCUCGUCACCACGAGAACAACGGCAGCAUGGGAGCCGGGGGUCGCCUGGUGGGGGGAGAGGAGGGCUCCAUCCCCCGCUCGUUGCCCGACGUGAUGCAGGGCAUGGGGCUGGCGGCCAGCAUGCAGCACUUCAGCGAAGCCUUUCACGUGCACAAGCGCAACGUCCUCGGCCAGGAGAACCACACGCACCUACGGCACCACCGCGACCCCCCGCACCGCCAGCUGUGUGACGAGGACUCAGCCCUCGAGUCGGACCGGGGCGAGGAGGGCUGUGUUUCCGCCGUGGCCGUCAACGGCCGCGGCUCGUCCCCAAGCGAGGCCGCCUCGGUGGGCCUCUCCAAGAAGCUGCUGGUAGGCAACCCCAGCCCGCUCAGCCCCUUCUCUAAACGCAUUAAGCUGGAGAAGGAGUUUGACCUGCCCACCCCCACCAUCCCCAACACAGAGAACGUCUACUCCCAGUGGCUGGCGGGCUACGCCGCCUCCCGACAACUCAAGGACCCCUUUCUGAACUUUGGAGGGGACUCCCGACAAUCGCCCUUCGCCUCCUCGCCCUCCGAGCACUCAUCGGAGAACGGCAGCCUUCGCUUCUCCACUCCUCCUGGGGAGUUGGACGGGGGCGUGUCGGGCCGCAGUGGGACAGGGAGUGGGGGGAGCACGCCCCACUUAGGGGCUCCGUUGACCCGGCCGGGCUCCAAGGACAGCAGCCGGCGCAGCGACACCUGCGAGUACUGCGGCAAGGUGUUCAAGAACUGCAGCAACCUGACGGUGCACCGGCGCAGCCACACGGGCGAGCGGCCCUACAAGUGCGAGCUGUGCAACUACGCCUGCGCCCAGAGCUCCAAGCUCACACGCCACAUGAAGACACACGGGCAGAUCGGCAAGGACGUGUACAAGUGCGAGAUCUGCCAGAUGCCCUUCAGCGUGUACAGCACCCUGGAGAAACACAUGAAAAAAUGGCACAGUGACCGCCCUUUGAGUGCCGAAAUUAAGUCGGAGUAGCGGAGAGGGUGGGGCUUUGCCUGUCAUCAGCCCUCCCCGCCCCCACGACCUCCCCCCCGCCCCCUGUAGAUUUAACCCCUCUUCUUUCACCGGUCUGGUGGAAUCUAAGACAAUGUGCUCUGCACCAGCACAACCAGUUUCCAUUACCCGUUGAAUGCAUGAUCUGUAUAGGGGCAAUACUAUUGCAUUGACGCAAAACUUCGAGCCUUUCUCUUGUGCAAUAAUUUACAUGUCGUGUACUUAUUUUGUUUCAUUUUUUUUUUUUUUUCUCAUUUUUGAUAAUUAGACGGCAUGCAUGGUAUGUUUUGGCUAAUUUAAAAAAAAACAAAAAAAAGUCAUUGUCCCCGGGUUGGUUAGUUGUUGAGUAAAAUGUGUUGCUGUUUUCUUGUUCUGUUUUUUUAUUUUCAAAAAAAAAAAGAAAAGACAAGGAACGGCCAUGCUGCAUACAUUCUGUGACACAUAUCAUGUAGAGUUUUUGUGUUGUAACACGGAGGACGAACCCGUCUGCAGCUUAACCCCACUCUGGACGACCUGGGAAUAUCGCACUUAACCUUCGUCUUUCUAAAAGAUGUUCUGUCCCCAUGGGGUUAAAAAAAUUAUCUAGGAAUUUGCUUGAUUAUAAAACGCAAAGCAGUGACAGCCUUUGGAUUUCUUCAAAAAAAGACAAGGAUGCGUUAAGAUUUCAAUUUGUACUAUCAUUGGGUAAAACAAAAAAAAGAGUGCCUUUGAAACUGCAUCGGUUAAUAAUCUUCCUAUCUGCUAUGAGCUUGGGGCGACGGCUGGCUAAUCCACCCAGAGUAAAGGUUCUUGCAUCAAGUACCUGUCUGCUAAAGUCAACUGUGACUUAUACGAUUAACUGAUAAUAAUUAUACAGAAACUUUGGAGAAUUCUGGUUAAUCAUACUUUAUCUACCUAUGACAUGUGUUAUAGUAUCUUUAAAUUGUGAGGUUUUAAGCAGGCAUGAUACAGGCAGUAUUGUGUAGAACUGAACUUGUUUGUGUGUUUUAUUUCCCGUGCGGAAGUACUAAAACACAAAGGUACUCUGUAAUGUACAAUCCUGAAUUUGUGGGACUUUUCUAAUGUUGUGAAGACUUGAGCGUUGUGGUGUAUUUGCAGUAGCACAAACCUCUGAUGCUGCUUGUGUGCUCGUGGGGCGGGAAGUAUCUAAGCUCCCGGCACACCAGACGAUACGAGGGCAUUCGAAAGAAUACAGGCUUGUCAGAACAGUUACGUGGAAUUAGAAGCUAACAGAAUGCAGUACUUUGGGGGCAAUUGUUAUUAUUUACGAUUCAUUAAAACACUCUAUCCAUCAAUGAUGAUCAACUAUGAAUUGCCUAAACUUGAAAGAAAGGACAUUUUUUUCAUAUUUUUUAUUUUCUUUCCUUUUUUUGGAAAAGGCAGUUGUACUCAUGCCAGGGCUUUAAAAAGAGUCAAAAGAAUCAGACGCUGAUGAUAUACAGGGCAGAUUUACCUUUUUUCCCCUUAUUUCUAUUGUACUGUUUUCCAUUUGUGUUAACGUGAAGGGGGUGUGUUUUUCCUCAUUGAGUUGCAGACAUCCGCCCCAGUCCAUGGUGAGACAGCACUUGUCACUCUGCCUCAGAGUCUCUACAGAUACUCUAACAUUGUCCAGCGUUGAUACAACGUAGGUACAGAGGUCAAGUCUAACGUUGACACAACGUAGGUACAGAGGUCUAGUCUCACGUUAAACUGACGUUUAUAGGACAAAAAAGUGCACUGUUCAGUUUUCCCAGUUUACAGGUUUACGCUAAAGGGAAAACUGCCAAAAAUGCUGACUGAUGGCUAGGGUUCCAUUGUUUUACAUAGUGACCAAUACAGAAUCUGUUACCAGCCACUCCACCCAGACUCACACCCCCACUCCUUGAAAUUCAUCCUUCAUCCCUGACCUUUGUUGUUCAGCCCCAAGAAACCCCAGUGACACACUCAGUGCCCCCACCCCCUCCCCCCCGCUAGAUGAUAAACUUGCUGCUCACUCUGCAAGACUUUCUUUUGUAUAAAUAUUACUUUUUUUUUUUUUUUUUAUAAUAACACUUCAUUAUCUUUAGGGGAAGCUGUAUUUAAGUUGGUUGUUGUUACUCUUUUCCUCUUCGUCUUGUGAUGUUCAAGACCCGAUCACAGUAUAUAUAAAAUGGAAAAAAAAUCUGUGAGUUUUUUUUUUUUUUUUUGCCUUGGCUCUUCGCGGCUCUUCAGGUUGAAUACAAUUUGCAUUGGGGAAAGGUUAAAGAUUAUAUAUGAAUAUAUAAUAGAGAUCUUAAAUAUAGGAAAAUGCACACUCAUGUCAAUUCCUAUGGUUAAACACAUUUAUGGUCUACUUUUUUCUGUAUUUCUAGAAUGGUAUUUGAUUCAGUGUUCACCUAGAGUAGCACUAUAGUAUUUAUAUUGAGGCUCGUAUUUUGAACUGUUGCUUGUUCUCUCUCAAGGUAUUUACGUACCUUUUUUGGUAGUGGAAAAAAAAAACAAGCUGCCACAGUAUAUUUUUUUAAUUUGGCAGGAUAAUAUAGUGCAAAUUAUUUGUAUGUUUAAAGAAA